CGGCACCUUCACCUUCGCCACCCUUGUCUUCUCCUUCCUUCCCCUUCACCUUCUUCUUCCUUUCUUUCUUUCUUUCUUUCUUUUUUUUUCUUUUUUUUUUUCUUUUUUUUUUUUUUUUGGGUCACCCUCGGCUAUGUCUGCCUCCUUCUUCUAUGUCCCUCCUUCCACACUUCUCCCUCUAUCUUUCUUCGUCAGCAACCAGUCCCGGCAGCAGUAGGACGCGUCAGUGCAUGGUGCUCACCCGCCCAAAGACAAGCGGCAUGGAGCAGCAGCCAGGCGAGACUACCGAGGCCUAUGAGGCCCGCAUGCUGGACAUGGUAGUAGAGUACAAGCAACGGGCAGCUGUCGCAACAUCCGCACGUAAGAAGGAAGAUGAGGAAGCAGAGGAACAACGUCGCCUCGCUGAACAGCAGCGACAGGCGGACGCUGACGCAACAGCAACGGCCGCAGACGAACGCCGUCGACUACGCCGAGACAAACUCCUCGGAUGCGCGGGGGAUAUCGAGGUGAUCGCCGGCGAAUGGGCAGUGGCUGCUGAAGAGGAGGGUGCCCCCUCUGCUGUGCGUGGCCUUGCAACCACAAUUGAACAUGUGAGCGACUUGGUCGCCACCUGUGCAGCACAGCAAGAGGACAUCCUCUGCAUGGACACCCUGGUCUGGAAGCAGAUUCCCGUUAUUGAUGAACUGCUUGACCGGGUACGUCGGCUGGAACAGCAGCUUGCAUCAUCCACCCCCGCUGGACCCUCCAACUUGAUGGACCGCGUCAACGUCUUGGAAAUCGACGUCGAGACUCUCAAGGACGGCACCAUAACGACAAAUCAGCGGAUUGACCAGCAGAUUUGCGCUGCCGCAGCCAGUUCGACUGCGACCAAUCGCGAGAGCAUCCCGAAGUUUGACGGCCUCCCGAUCUUCUGUGAUGCAACGAAGACGGACCCGAUCCCAUGGUGGUGGCAGUUCGAGUUGAAGUUGGACAUUCACCACGUCAUCAACCCGAACCGACACGCAUACUUAGACUCCCGCUCGGGAGGCGCGUGCCAGGCAUGGCUGGACAACAUGUUGUCCCCGCACAACGUCGCAGUCUCCGAGCUGCAUACGAAGAUCAGUUGGGCUGAUCCCUUGGCAGCAUGGCAUAAGCGGUUCCAAGUGGAGCCGCCCGAGCUUCAGGCAGCCGAGAAACUUCAAAGGUUCUAUGAGAACGACCUGCCAAGCACGAACUGGAUCACCCAGUACCAAUGCUUGGCAUCCACGCCCAACUUGCCAUCGACAUUUGUCGCUAUCAAACACUUCUUCAUCAGGAGGAAUUGUUCGGCGUUGCAGAACGCCUUGACGCAAGUUGAGGAGACGCUCACCACAAGUGAGCAGCUCUUUGAUAAAGCCUCGCAGAUCAUCCUGACGAACAUCGAAGCCAAGAAUUUGGGCCAUUCGUCUGCUGCAGGCCCGGGCAGAGGACAGCAUCAGCCGAAAGUGGUCGUGGUCGCAGCAACUACAACGACCGACCCUUCAAACGAGGCUGCUUCUUCCGAGGAAGGAGACAGAUUGGCAGCCACCGGGGAUGGUGGCCGCCCCGCCAGAGGGCGAGGACGCGGCAAACCGAAGACACACACCAAUUCAUCCCCCGGGGCCGGACCAGCAGCUCAAGAGCCUUGGACACAUUACGGUGUCGAGCGCAUCGGUCCGGCACCGCACGUGGCAGCGCGGGACCCUCUCGCCCGCUUCACAAAGGAGUUGGACCAACCUCGACACGAACACCGGACCGACGUGAUAGGCCUAUGUUUUCUACGAGCCGCCGCGACGACCGAAUCUUCACCUACGGACUUGUCUUCGGACCCCCGAAUGGCGCGGCUGCUCGACGAGUUCAUCGACAUCUUCGAGUCUCCUAUCGGUGUGGUGCCGGAUCGGCCGAUCUCCCACGAGAUCAUUCUUGAGGCCGGUGUCGUGCCGCCGAAAGGAUGCAUCUAUCGCAUGAGUGAGGAAGAGCUUGAGGUUCUCCGCGCUCAACUCGACGAUCUUUUGGACACGGGCUGGAUCCGCCCUAGUAGCUCACCAUACGGUGCACCAGUUCUCUUCGUACGGAAGAAGAACAAGGAUCUUCGCUUGUGCAUCGACUACCGGAAGCUCAACGCACAAACCGUCAAGAAUGCGGGACCUCUUCCGUGGAUUGACGACCUUCUCGAGCGUUUGGGCGGCGCGAAAUUCUUCUCAAAGUUGGACUUGAAGUCGGGCUACCAUCAAAUCUCGAUACGCCCGCAAGAUUGCUACAAAUCCGCGCUCAAGACGCGGUACGGGCAUUUUGAGUGGACCGUUAUGCAUUUUGGCCUCACCAAUGCCCCGGCGACCUUUCAAGCGGCAAUGACCAACGAGUUCUGUGCGAUGCUGGAUCGGUUCGUACUAGUCUACUUAGACGACAUCCUCAUCUAUAGCCCGACAUUGGAGGAUCAUCUUGAGCACCUUAGACGAGUUUUGGAGACGCUCCCGACGUCACACGCUAUUGUGAGUCAUGCGAGGUUUGUCGACGCUGCAAAUCCCGCAACCAUCGUCUGUACGGGAGUUACGACCAUUACCGGUCCCUUUGAGGCGACGGGAAGUGAUUGCCAUGGGCAUUACCGGCCUGUUCCCCAAGCACAAGACCGGCGUGGAUGGAAUUCUCACGAUGGUCGACGGACUCACCAAGUUCGCCAUGUUUUUGCCUUGCAGUUAUCAUCCAAGGCACCAAAGUUGGCCGAGGUUCUCUACGCCGGUUGGAUUCGAACCAAGGGUUACCCCAAGGAAAUCGUUUGCGACCGCGACACUCGGUUCAUGUCCGAUUUUUGGUUGGCGCUCAUCAAGCGAUGGGGCUCAUCUCUCAAGCCCAGUUCAGCUCGCCACCCCCAGACCGAUGGCCAAACGGAGAGGGCGCACCAGACCGCACAGGUUCUCCUUCGCAUUCUCAUCCGUCCUGACCAGAAGGAUUGGGUUGAGCGGCUGCCGGAUGUCGAGUUGGCCUACAACUCCUCCAUCCACCCGGCUAUUGGGAUGUCGCCCUUAGAGUUCGAGCACGACUCGCCGUGUUCCCAGAUCAGGGGGUGCAUUGAGCUGCAGGCACGCUCGUUCAGAGUUUCUGAGAUCAUACAUGCGGUGCCAGUUUCUGUUGAGAACAGGGAGAAACCAAAUAUGUCUCACCAUGUUUCGUCGAGCAGAGGACAGAGAACAAGUCCUGCUGUUGACAGAAUACAAUACAGAAGAGAUGGUUCUGUACGGUUCAGUGAACCAAGGAGAGAGGAUUCGGUGUCUUCUCCUUCCCGUUCUUUGUAUGUGUCUGAAAUUCUGAAUUCAGCUGUCCAGGCUCUACCACGGUUCCCUGCAGACCGACCCGAUCUCCGCUAUCGCUGCUCUUCUGCAGGAUCAGGAGAGGCUUCUUCGAGAGGGAAUGGCGUCGAGCUAGGGAGGGACUCUGGUGGGAUGUCGUCUAUUCGAUCAGGAUUUGCAAGCAGCUCUAAAGCAAAUGGCAAGCGCGUUCAAAGGGAAGGAAGGGGUGAUGUACGAGAGCGGAGGGAGGGAUGGACGGGUUUGAUCACAGAUCGGGGGAAGAAGUCUCUUCACCGAGGUGCUCUUCAUCGGUAUGAAACCAGAGAGAUUGUAAAUAUAUUUAGUGAAAGUGAAGCAUGUGGUGUUGGUGGUUUGGGCGUCUUGAACAGAGGAUCGGACAGUGGGCAUGAGAAAAGUGUCAUCUCUCUGCAGGUUUCAUGGGAAAUAAAGGGAAGAGAUCGUGAUGGCCGCUGUGCUUUCUUGAAUGGAGGUGACAUUUGGGCUGUACGUGGCAAGGCAGAAGCUGAGGGGCUGGCAAGGUUGGUUGCUAGUGUCGAUGUGAAACUUACUGUGCACUCCUCUGUGGUGCUAUACCUAAGUAGGGGUUUGAUUGAAAGAGCUGAGAAGCUGAUUGGGGUCGUGCUGGAAGGGGUAGGAAUGCAGAGGGAUGUGGAGGAGACCAGAACUCGGACUGCCUGUUCGGAUAUGGUGGAAUCGGACAAGACGGCGGUGCUGCGAGCCGCUGUAGACUCCAUCAUUCACGGGAUAGAUUCUCGUCAAAGCCAUGUAGCAUACGCGCCCCAGAACGGGUGGGGGGACGUGGGGAGGGUGAACGUGCAGGUUUUUGUCCCCCAGGUAAGGGUUGUUUUGCUUUUGAAUGAAAAUAUUGCAGAGAAAAGCAGAGGCGAAUCGUCAAACAGGGAGGGGGGCCUUUCUGAAAAGUGUGUUGCGGUUGACUUCACUGAUGUCACCUGGCUCGGGUGCAAGGGAGGUUUUAGUGACAGGGAAGCCUUAGUGCCCCUUGUAUCUGUUGAAGUGGAAUGGGGUUCUGACAAGGCAACAGGUUCUAAGGCUUUCAAACUAAGGAGGGCGAGUGUGCGUCUUGGGGCCCUGGCACUAUACAUAGUUAAUGCGAGGCUCUUGACAGCUGAGCGUGUGUUACUGAUUUCGGCUGGUGGUGAUUAUAGCGGAUCGGAGGGAGUGGCUGUUGACGUUGUUGCAACUUUAAAUCCUGUCGUCACGGAGAGCGGAUCUGGGCUUGAAUUUGUGCGUGGAGCUUGGGAAGUGGUUGCGGCUAUUGAGAAGAGAGGGGAUGUGAAUGCGGUGGGAGGGGAGGGAAUGGGUGAUGUAUCGACAGCAGUUGCCGCAAGGGAGUGGGAUGUCGAAAUAGAGGAACUGAAAAAGGCAGUUUUGAAAACUGUAGCUGUUGCUGUGGAUGUGAAAGUCAGCUAUCUUUGCUUGGAUAUCAAUAAAGAGCUCCUGGCUGUGGUGCUGAAGUUGACCACAGAGAUAAGUGAGGUUUUGCCUAGUGUCAGUAGCACGGGAAACCAGAACGACGAGUCAGUUGAAACUGGUGUCUUGGGCACUGCCUUGUCUGUGAAAUGUGACGAGUUCGACUUUGUGCUGCAGAUUGGAACAGAGGAUGAAGAUGUGAGACCGCAGACUGAGUCACCUCUGACAUUACCCCCUGGGUUUGGUCCUGGAUUAUGCCUCAUGGAUUGGGCCUUAGGUUGGCUUGAGCUUUGGGGGAAUGUGCGGGAACUGACUAUUUUCUAUGCGCCAAAGCUAGGUGGAAUCGCUGAUUCAGAACUCUUAUGGCUCCGUCAUAAACAAUGUGCCAUGAAUGGUAGCCGCAUGGUUGAUGCCUUGGACGAGAGUAGAGGGAUUGGACUUCAAAAACAGCGGAAAAGAAAGAAGAAUGUGAGGUUGCUUUGGUGCCGUGCUAAUUCAAUUGGCCGGGGUGAUGCAGGGGAGGGGGCAGGGAAUGCGCUUGCGGGUUCGUGGUCGGCUGGCAUGAGCGUGGUCCAUCUUUCAUGGCCCAGCGGUGGCUAUGUAACUGCGGCAAUAUUGGCGUGCUGCAUCAGAGGAGCAACUUGUAUCGGAUUUAGUGGUAGGUUUGAUUGGCCUGCGGCACUCAUGAGCUUCUGGCAGGUUAACUCUGACAAGAGAAGCGAACAGCAGGGGAGCACAAGGCACGAUCAUCAUGACGAUGGUGGCAGAUUAGACUUUGAGACUGUUCCAUUGAGGCCUCCUUUUGUGGUGGAGGGUGUCGAUGCAACAGAUGUCUGCGAAACAUCAGACUCCUGCAACGAAGCACCUUAUACCACAGAGGAGUGUGGUAAUUCUCCCAUGCUUGUCAUAAUCGACUUGCAGGAUUGUGCCCUUGCGUAUGAGCCUGGGAUAGAGUCGCUUCGUGUACCAGGAAUGAGAGUGGCGGUGCCUGGCGGAAGAUGGAACGAGGGACGUGCAGGACUUGGAGAGGAGGAUGCAGCAAGUCCCCCAAGGAGGUGCCGAGCGGGAAUAAGCGUGGGAAUGUCUGGAUUCUCAAGGGUGGCGGGCAAAGAUGUCAGAGGGCACGUGGCAGUGGCAGAUGUGGAGAAGCUUGAGGAUCAGUUAUCUGUACACGAACCGUUGAUGGUAUCAGCAUUGUCGGCGUUGUCAGUGUCAACACCUUCACUUGUUGGCUCUAAGUGUGGCAGAGUGUACAGGGGUGAGGACGCACACAGGUCGCCAGGUGGGCCAGUUGCAGCAGUUGUUGCGGUUGCCGCAGUCAGGGUAAAAGCUUUUCCAGUUGGCGGCAGUGCGGGAGCACACACGGAAGUGAGUUUAAGGGAUGUGGGUGUCCAUAUCCUGGACACAGGCAUGAAACGAUUGUCUUACAUGAGCGACUACUCCGCGUCAUCAAUGCGUAGGGAUGGGUUUACACAGGUGGCCAGAGAGGUUGCAAUCUGUGCUUCCAUUCGAACUGGUUGCGAGGAGGGUCCGGAAUGGGAAGUUGAUUGUGAGAACAAGCAGCUUUUGGUUGAUUCUUGCAGCGACACUACAGCAGCUUUGGGUCGCUUAUCGGGCCAGCUCCAACAGCUGUAUGGCUCAGCUGUUCUGGCUGAAGUUGGUCAAGGAGCAGGGGGGAAAGAUGGUCAAGACAACCACGAGAGAGAAGCUGAAGAUGAUGAGGAAUCAUGCGAUUGGGCAUGGGUGGAUGCAAUCACGGAGCUCGUCAGGACGAAUGAUCUCCUGGAAAGUGAAGGUAGUAACUGGAAAAGGAAAGAAGCAGAGGGAGACGGUGCGGGUGACGGUGAGCAACGACCUGGUACCACAGGAAAUGUAAAUGGGACUGGAACCGGGGACUACUAUGUGGAGGAGUGGUUCAAGGAUCCAAGGUCCACCAGUGAGAGGACUUCAGUCAGAGGAAAUGUAGAGUACAGUUUAACUGGUGGGCGAGGGCACAGUGACGCGGACCUACAGUCCAACCAACUUCCUUCAGAAACGAUUAUUGCGGGGAAACGGGUUCAGGGGAGGGAGCUCCAACUUGGAUGGGAGAGGCAGAGUGAAAGUGGGCCCUCAGAGAGCCACGCUGCCCCAUGUGGUUCUGGAAAUGCUGGAAGGGGGGGUGCAAGGGACUCCGAAGCUGGUUGGUACGAGGUUAUGGGCAUGAAUGUUCUUGAGAACCACAUUCCCAGCGAGGAGGAAGACGAUGAAGGGUCGCUUGACAAGUCAGGGGGAAAGAGGCAAUUCCGGAGAGUGGGAAGCGGAAAAAGACUCGGAGCUCUGUCGGUGGCCUCGUCAAUUAUCUCAACAUCGUCUGCAGCUUCCUCAACAGCAUCCUCACCAGUAGGUGGUGAGAGCCUCCAUCGCAGCUCCAGCAGCAAGCUCUUUAGAAAGGAAGCCCUUCCAAAGCGGUAUCCACCGUCAAUCGGGAGAGUAUUUGUGCAUGACUGGAUGGUCCGGUGGAGGAUGUACGGUGGAUCGGACUGGCCGAUGGUGCCAAGUGAUGAAUGGGCAAGCGAAAUUGAGGGCAGUGAGAGAAGGGAGAGUCGUAGAAGGAAUUCAUCGGGCGAUUCUGAGAGGAAGACCGGAAGGUCAGCGAAAAGGGAGGUGGUUAAGAGGAGAGGGAGGAGUUGGGGAAGGUCUAGAGGGGAGAGGAAGGACCUGAAAAGUGCAGGGAGGCGCACUGAGGAGAUCAUGGAAGUUCACCUUGGCGGCAUGUCUAUUCAGUAUGACUUAUUCCCUGAAGACAGCCAAUAUAUAUCCCGGCUUGCAGUUGCAGUGAACAAUGUUGGAGUCUAUGAUUUGAGUGCUGAUGCUGAUUGGAAGCUGGUGCUUGGCUAUUACACUAUGCACUCCCAGCCACGAGAAUCGACUGCAAGGGCUUUCAAGCUUGAGUUGGAUGCUGUAAAACCCACACAUACAGAUUCUUUGGAGGAAUACAGGCAUCAGCUUGUGCUCGAUGAUAUCGUCGAUGUCUACGUGUCCGUCAUGGUUGGGGGCAGCAUUGACCUCCUAGAGGGAAACUGAUCUGUGGCAGCAAAAGGUGCCAACUUUGAUGCAUGGAAAACAGGGUAAGUACGCAAGUGUGCAGGAAUGCGAAUCAUGUAUGAAGGCCCAUCCGGUCGAUCCCCUACAAUGUAAAAGGGCCUCUACCUGAUUCAGACCCUGUUCGGCAAAUGCAGCAUAGAGGGAUCACUCGCCACGGCCCAUCUCGUGAAAGCAGAUCAAAGGACAUGUUCUCUGGGUCUAAAGUCACAUCCUAGCUAAGUAAAAGCCAAUGUCAAAG